CUCACUUUCACUCUUGUACAUAUAAUAUGCUUGCGCCUUCAUCAGCCCGGCUCACUAGAUCCAUACUUACAACUACGCGCGUGCGAACAGCUGCUACCAACCCCACUUCGACCGCAAACCUCUACCGAUCGCUCCUCACCCCAAAGUUUUUCACCACCACCAGCAAAAUGAGUGAGAGCAAGCAAGGCGUUCACAACCUCCAGACGGUCGACGACUACAGGAAGGCCCUGGAGGACAAGGACCAUUUCAUAGUCCUUGACUGCUUCGCCACAUGGUGCGGACCCUGCAAAAUGAUUGCACCCACUAUUGUCAAAUUCUCCGAGAAGUACCCUGAGACGCGCUUCUACAAGCUCGACAUCGACGAGGUGCCCGAUAUUGCGCAGGAACUCGGCAUCCGCGCUAUGCCCACCUUCGUCUUCUUCAAGAACGGCGAGAAGGUUGGCGAGGUCGUUGGCGCAAACCCCAAGGCCAUCGAGGCCGGCAUUCAGGAGCACGCCAGCGCAUAGAGGGCGCGUGGCUCGUCUAGGCGCUCGCGUUCGGCAGGCUAGGAUACCAUUGUGGAGGGCACAUCUUUAUGGUGCACUAUGACUGGCACAGGGCAGGCUUGCUCAAAGUUGAAAACUCGGGUAGCUUGGAUAUAAUGAUAUCGUCCUGGAAUGACAUGACAUACAAUCACAAACUACUCUCGUUCUCAAGUCCCGUACGCACCGUACCACGCAUCUGUUGUAAGGAUCAGUCAUC